AGUUUAAUGCUGGACGCUUGGAAGCAGUAGGCACAAAAUCAGUCCCGCUGUAUGUUUUGUCGGUCCGCUGCGCUUUCCCACACGGAGUUACUGACGGGAGACGUCAUAAGAAGGACUUGAGGAUUUAUCAAGAUGCAGUUUUGUUUGUUUGUUUCUCAAACUGCAAGUGAGCACGUUCUUUUAAUUGAAAACACGCGCUUUUGAUAUCGCAAUGAUCCACUUCUGCGUUCAGGAUAUUUGAAUUUAUUGAAUGGCUCAGAGUGGGAUUGUGUAGCUCCCAGAGCGCACGGACGAACACGCACUCCGCUCCAGCUGGACUACAAACGCCGCUGUAGGUUCCAGGGCGACUUAACCCGACUGUGUUUGACGAGAUAAUAACUGUGGCAACAUUUACAGAGGGGCAGCCGCUCAAUAUCAGGGUGACCAUGCCCGGGAUGAUGGUGUCGCUCACGGGGUCAGCAGUGCUUCUCUUAUCCGGAUUGGUCGCUCCGCUCUGCUUGGUCAGGGCUUUUGGCGAUGAGGUGGAGGAGAUGACCUGCGACCCGAUCCGGAUCAGCAUGUGCCAGGGUCUCGGUUACAACGUCACCAAGAUGCCCAACUUGGUCGGCAACGUGCUGCAGUCGGACGCAGAGCUGCAACUGACCACGUUCACGCCACUCAUUCAGUACGGCUGCUCAAGUCAACUCAAGUUCUUCUUGUGCUCAGUUUAUGUGCCGAUGUGCACAGACAAGGUUCCCAUCCCUAUUGGUCCAUGUGGCAGCAUGUGUCUGUCGGUCAAGAAAAAAUGCCUCCCCGUGCUCCACGAGUUUGGCUUCAUAUGGCCUGAGGAGCUCAAUUGCAGCCUCUUCCCACCUCAAAACGACCACAACCACAUGUGUAUGGAGGGUCCAGGGGAUGAAGACCCUCCAUACCAGCCCGUCCGCCAUCCUCCCCACCAAGAGGAGUGUCACGCCCUGGGAUCUGCACCUGACCAAUAUACUUGGCUUAAACAGACUGAAAGCUGUACGCUCCAGUGCGGCUAUGACAGCGGGCUCUACAGGCGAGGGGCCAAAGUGUUCACGGAUGCGUGGAUGGCGGUGUGGGCUGUGCUGUGCUUCCUCUCAACCACUCUGACAGUCUUGACCUUUCUCUUGGAUUCUCAGCGUUUCUCCUACCCAGAAAGGCCCAUCAUCUUUCUCUCCAUGUGCUGUAACCUGUACAGCGUAGCCUACCUGGUACGACUGACUCUUGGGAGGGAACGUGUUUCCUGCGAUCUGGAUGCUGCAGCAGUGCCAAUUCUGGUACAAGAAGGAUUAAAGAGCACUGGCUGUUCCAUAGUCUUCCUCCUCCUUUAUUUCUUUGGCAUGGCGUCCUCUCUCUGGUGGGUAAUCCUGACCCUCACCUGGUUCUUGGCUGCAGGACUAAAGUGGGGCCAUGAGGCUAUAGAAAUGCACAGCUCCUAUUUCCACAUAGCUGCAUGGGCCAUUCCAGCAGUUAAAACCAUUGUUAUCCUCAUCAUGAGACUGGUGGAUGCAGAUGACCUGACUGGGCUCUGCUAUGUUGGCAACCAGCAGCAGGAAGCACUCACAGGCUUUGUGGUUGCACCACUGGCCACGUACCUGCUUAUAGGCACUCUGUUCAUCUGCGCUGGCCUUGUGGCUCUUUUCAAGAUUCGCUCCAAUCUGCAGAAGGACGGUGCCAAAACAGACAAGCUGGAACGUUUAAUGGUGAAGAUUGGAGUGUUUUCUGUUCUUUACACCGUUCCAGCCUCCACCGUUAUUGGCUGUUAUCUUUACCAACUCUCUAACUGGGGGGAGUUCAGGGCCAGCACCCAGGACUCAUAUGUGGCAUCAGAGAUGCUUCGAAUCUUCAUGUCACUGCUUGUGGGCAUCACGUCGGGCAUGUGGAUCUGGUCAGCAAAAACCCUCCACACCUGGCAGCGCUGCUCUGCGCGCCUGCUCAGGGACAGCAGAGCGAGCCGAGGUGGCAAGAGGGCACCGGGCGAGAGCUGGAUCAAACCAGGGAAAGGCAAUGAGACGGUGGUCUGAGGAGAAAGAAGGAGAGAAUGGACAGGAAUGGAGUUCUGCUUGUUUCUCUCUCGUGUACAGAAACUCACUCUGACAAAUGAAGGAGGUCAGAGAAUCAAUAGAUGAGACGGAGAUUGCAAAUGUGCCACAGGAACGUUGCAGGAAUAUCACCAAAACAGCCUCUGGAUGUAAUUGCAUCAUCAAAGUAAAGACAGUCCUUGACCAUGUGCCUCUAUGAAGGAGACAAGAUGAGAGUCAUACAUCAGUAGCAACAAUAGCCUCUCUACCUUGAUAGACUUCCUUUGCUCAGAGAGGUGGAGAAAGCAAAACAAAUUAAGGAAAAAGAGAGAUGGAAAAGGCAGAACUAAAGCAUCAACAUGCAGACCGGACACCAAUAAGCUGUACAGCACCACGUCUACCUCUCUGUCUCUCUUUUCUCCAGAGCCUCAGCAGAAGAGACUGAACCUGCUGAAUACAAAUAACCCUAACGCCAUUGUGUCCUUUUAGGGUCUCCUUCAAGUUUUAAAUUUUACACUGGAGCAGGUAUCAUAUAGGUGUGGGCUGAAGUUUCCCAGAAGCACCUGAUACCUUUAAAACCCCCUCCACAUUGAACGUAUCAGACAAAGUGUACUGAGAAUCUGAUACACUGCCUUAUAGCCACAGUUUGGUUAUAUUUUUCUGCUUUUUUGGGGAACUAUACUUUUUUCAGUUCAAGAGAACAGUUAAUGUUAUUCUCAGAAUUUUUGGGAAACCAGCUCUAAGCUGUUUUAUGCACUAUAGAGAUAUAAUAUGUGAAGGGUUGGGAAAGCAUUGGUAGGACUGAAAGUGAAUCACUAUACAACACAUUUAUAUGCACAGCCUCAUUGAUGGGGAGUUUGGUCAGAUGUAGGUGCAAAGAAAAAAAACAUUCUGAGGUAGUCGUCACACAACAAUGAAUCCUGGUAAUACCAGCUGUGACUUUUAUUGCCCCAUAAAUUUGUAAGUGCUAAGAUGUCCUGGGAAAUGAAGGAAUUUGUGCUUUUCUACGAGGAGCUUGGCUAACUUCCAGUGAUGUGUAUGGUUUUCCUGGAAAUCCUGUACCGUAUAUGCUCUUGAGUCGCCGUGAAAUUCAGGAAAUUAAAUUAUUUCCUCUGUCCUUACCCAAAUAUUGUCUCUAUGGCAAGGUAACGGUUAAAGAAUUUGAGGUUAUUAGACAAUCACUUGCCAGAAUACACAUUACGCAACAGCAAAGGGCCGUCACAGAGACAUGCAUGUGCUCACACAGAUAUCACUGUCAAAAUGUUUGGCAAUAAAAGUAAAGUGAAGACAAGCGGUCUGUAUUAGGUGUGGACCCACAGUGGGUGAAUUGCAACUGUAUGUGUGGGUAAACUGUGUGGGCAGAGCAGCCCACGCUUAUUCCACGGGCCCCAUGUGGGUGAGCCCACACAGGGCCCACAGCAGUUUUUCCCCCUGUGGCCCACUAAGCACACAACCCCCCCCCCCCAAUGUGUGCUAAAUGUAAGUUAGCCCAUGUGGGGCCAAUAGGACAUUUGCCCCUUUGGGUCCCAAAAAAGGGAAUUCUGUGGGUAUCCCAGCGAUGGUUUACCAGAAAAUAACCCAGGUGUAGCCCAUGAUGGCUAGCUUAUAUUGGGCCCAUAGCAGAUUUGCCCUUUUUAAUCCCCAUGUGGGUUUUUUGUGGGCAAGCUAUAGUUGGCGUACCUACAAAAAAUCUGCACUGAUCUCCUUGUGGGUUCUACGGGUCCGCAGUGACCCCACAUGGGCUCCAAAGGGGCAUAUUUGUGGGCUGUUUAAUCACAUUAUCCCUGAAUGGCUCAGAUAUGUGGAGGUUAGAGCAAUUCUUUUAGCCACUGAUGAGAGGCUGCAGAUUGAAUGUAGGACCAGUAAAUGCCUGACAUGAUAUUUUAACAUUACUAUUCAUCUGAACAUCUAAAGUGUCCAAAACCUUUGUACAUGAAGUACAUGGUUCUCUUUCCACAAAUCUUAUUCAUUAGCUCACCUAUGACUAUAUUUUGGUCAGUAUCAGGAAUCAAACAUCUUCUUUUGUGUGCUUUUCUUUUCUGGUCUGUUGGUGUGUAUAUUUUCUUUCUCUAUAAAUGUCACAUUAUCUCUCUCUCUCUCUCUCUCUCACUGCCCAGUCUGUUUUAUAUAAGGCUAAUUUCCCAGACAAUCAAACCCUCAUAGGAAGAGACUGUUGCGCAUUUUAUUUCACAUUUUCAUGGAUGACUCAAACAAGUUAUUGUCUCUCAAACUGGAUUGGAGCUGUAUUUACCAAAUUCUGAAAUUUCUCCUGUGUCCCGUAUAUUUGCAUGACAAUCUUUCCAGCAGCGUUCUUGCAUUUCUGCGAGUCUUUAUAUCUGUAGUAUAUGUGAUGUCUGUCACAUUUUGCCUUCCAUAUUUGAGAAGAAUAAGGAAAUGUCUGUUUCAAACAGUUGAAAUGUAUCAGGCCUGGAGCUUUGUCUUCCUGUGUGUCCUCUGUAACUUAGUAGUGCCUCACACGUACCCCUGUUUUUGGCUUAAUGUUUGGAAUUGGACAGAAAAUCAUUGUGGGGAUUCAACUGCCCCAAAAUAUGUUAAAUAUGAGCCUUUUUUUUAACAUUAAGAGACAACUUUUAAUGGUUGUGGUGAAACCUAGAACCCCCUCAAGAAAGUGUUUCUUAAACCAGCGUAGCCUGGCACAUUUAUUACAUUUCCAAAGUCAAACAAACAUUACAUUCACUCAAAGUGAAUUAAAUUAACCUCUGACCACCUCCCCUCUGAGCUAAUGUAGUUUCCCUGCUAAUGUUUUGGCCGUCUCCCCUAUGACCACACUGAGCUUCAGGUAACAUUUCCAAACAAUCACAGAAUGUGCCUUGAAACCCAGUGCGUAUGUGUCAAGCUUAAUAAAGAUUGAGAACCACUGAUUAUACCGAUUUGUUAAAUGUUUGCCAGAAACCCAGAUAUGAAUGACUGCCGAAGUCAGUUCACCAGCACUGAUCGCAGCCUUUAAGGUCUGGACUGACCCCUGUGUAGAAAAGUCAAUAUCGUCAAUGUUUUAUAAUGAAAUUGCUAAUUUAUCCUUGUAAAAAAAAUGACAACAAAUUUUAAAAUGUGUUUGUUAUUUAAAACAGUUUUGUAUCAGAAGAAUAAAAAAAAUUGUUUUCUGACA